AAUAAAAUCCAAACGAGACACGUAGCUCGUCUCGGGCAAGCUUAUUUUUCGUUGUUUUGUUUUUUUGCCUUAAGCCAAAGCAAAGAAUUCGCAGUUUUUCACAACUGAUUUAAGUUCUAUAAAUUUUAUAUUUUCUAAUGAAAACUUCAAAAUAUUAUAUAUACAUUUAAUUUGCUGCUUAAGUUUUGUGAAAACUGCAAAAUGUUGAAAUUUAACGAAUCGAAAUUUUUAAUCGCUUUUGUGUUUUUGCUCGUGGUUAACCUAUCUUUAGCAAUACUGUCCGAAGAUCUAAUGGAAAAGUCUUGCACCAACAGUGAGCAAUGCCAAUAUUACGAAACGGAGGAUGUCAAUUCUACCUGUGUAGGUGGUGCCUGUCGGUGUUACAACAACGCAACGCAUUCGGUAACCACCUGUCGUCCAAACAUUCUUCGCACCAACAAUAUAAUCGGUGGUAACUGUCCAUGUAAUUUGCCGCAUGCCGAAUGCAAACCAUCAGAUAAUCUCUGCUAUUGCGAAGUGAAUUAUAUUUCCACGAAGGACAAAAGACGAUGCGUUCCUACAAAAAUAAUAUUGGGCGAGCCUUGCGAAAUGGACUCACAAUGUAAGACCUAUGCUGUUUUCAGUCACUGUGCCAACGACACGAAAAUUUGUACUUGCAGGGAAAACUUUGUACAGGAAGAUCGUAUGUGUCUUUCGCGAACUAGGUUUACGCCCAAAUGCCAAAAUGAUAGGCAAUGCAUGCUCUCUGGCCCAAAUCGAUUUUGUCUACCAGGAAUUGGUGAGUGCGUAUGUAUGCCGGGCUUUAUAAGCUCAAACAAAUCGAAACAUUGUCUGGAUAGACGCAGGUUCAACGAAACCUGCCUCGAGUCAUUGCAAUGCCAUAUACCGAUGGGACCAGGAGGAAGCUGCGAAAAUGGCAAAUGCCGCUGUAAAGAGGAGUAUGCGCUAGUCACGGACACAAUGAAAUGUGAACUGUUGCCACAGAUCGGUCAGUACUGCACCGAAAAUAAGCAUUGCCAUCUUAGAAACCUGACCAACGACGAACAGUUGAUGGAAUGUGAUCGCGGUGAAUGUGUCUGUCGUUUUGGCGCUAAAAAUGAAUCACCUUGUGAUACGUCCAUAGCUACCAGAGUAAUCAAAAGCCAAUUAUGUUUGUGGUUUAUGUUGGCGGUGGCGAUUUUGAAAUUAAAACACAUUUAAGGAAUUAGGAAAAACGAAACGAAAAAUAAGUAGUUAAAAUCAAAUUAAUUCAACUUUUGUUCAGUUUGCUAUAUUGUUUAUACUUAUUUACUUACUUGAUUGUUAUAAUAUUUGGUUGUUGUUUGUUUUUCACGAUCACAGUGAAGACUUGAGGUAACUAUGUAGGUUGGGGAAAGGUGUUUAAUUUAAAUUUAUCAAAAAAAGAUUUUUCCUUAAGCAAAAAAAUAUAAUGAAUCAUAAAUUGUUGGCCAAUUUUCA